AUGCAUGGUGACGACAACCAAUAUACACCAGGCGAGAUCGCAGGGCACAAGGUCAUAAUAGCUUGCUUGCCGAAGAACGCAGUUGGUACUGUCAACGCGGCUUACCUCGUUUCCCAGAUGCGCCAAAGCUUCUCCAACCUCAAAUUUGGCCUAAUGGUGGGCAUAGGAGCCGGGGUGCCUGGCCGAGAUCUGAAACCAGAUAUUCGCCUCGGCGACAUCGUAGUUGCUGCUCCUCUGGACCAAUCCAAGAGUCCUGUGGGGGUUGUUGGCUACGAGCUAGGGGCGGAGACUGUUGGCGGCUUUGUCCCGAGAGACUGGCAAGCUCCGACGGAUAGGCGCUUGCGAAAUGCCAUUGAGUCGAUUGAGAGAGAUGCGCAAAUUGAAGAUUCGCACGAUUUCCUACAGCAUCUAGCCAUCUUUGCAAAACGGAAUAAAGGCAAACGGUUUCUGCAUCCAGGAGCAGAGAAGGAUCGACUGUACAAAGGAGAUCAAACCAACGAUCUCGUUAUCCGCCCGAAUCGACCAUUCCAGGGCCCAGUGGUUCAUUACGGCCUUGUUGCAUCCGGAAAUAAGCUCGUAAAAACUGCUGCACUCAGGGACGCCUUGAGAGAUAAGUAUGGUAUUAUUUGCUUUGAGAUGGAGGCGGCCGGUAUCACGAACGCUCUCCCGGUCGCUAUCAUACGAGGCAUCUGUGAUUAUGCCGAUUCUCACAAGAAUGAUAUAUGGCAUCGUUAUGCCGCUGCUACAGCUGCCGCCUAUGCUAAAGGCCUUCUCACGGUAAUCGGACCAGAUCAGCCCACCAGAAACGCCAACUUCGCUCCCGAGGUCAGAGAUAUCACAGAUGUGAUAUUAUCCAGUCUUCGGUUUGACAAAAUGGACGACCGCUACGAAGAAAUCGCUGAUGCCCAUGGAGAAACAUUUGGGUGGGUAUUCGACCCUAACUUCACCUUUGUCAAAUGGUUACAAGACUCUUCUCCAAUAUUUUGGAUCUCGGGCAAAGCAGGAUCCGGGAAGUCGACGCUGCUUAAACACAUAUUUCAACACCCUCGAACAAACGACCACCUUCAGCGCACUGGCACUAAUCAGCUUUUGCAAGGCGGCUUCUUCUUUCGUAAUCGUGGGACACCGAUCCAGAAAACGCAAGCAGGCUUACUGAGAUCAAUACUCCUCCAAAUUCUCGACGAAGAGAGAGAUCUGAUCAAGUUCGUCGUGCCUGAUAAAUUGGAGGAACUAAAUCUUUCCAUUCAAAGAUAUGGCCGUCCACUUUGCACUUGGACACUGCCAGCCCUGAAAUUAGCUUUCAGGAGUAUCAUUGAGAGUGGUGGACGGCGCAAAGACUUUUUCAUCCUGAUCGACGGCUUGGACGAAUAUGAAAGUGAUGGAAACACAGAAGAGGGCUAUGAGGAAAUCGUGCACUUCAUCAAAUCUCUUCAAUCGCCUGACCCCGACAAACGACGAAUCAAAGUCUGUGUUUCUAGUCGCCCACUACCUGUCUUCAGAUCGGCACUGAAAGACUAUCCACAUUUGCAGCUUGAGGAAAAAACCAAUGAUGAUAUUCACCAGUACAUUGAGACCGUUUUAGGAGGGAAUGAAAAGAUGCUGCAACUCAGAGAAAUAUAUCCCAGUGAUGCGCAGCGAUUGAUGGACCGAAUUGAAGAUAAUGCUAAUGGUGUAUUCCUAUGGGUAAGUAUUGUCGUCCAGUCCCUUAUCAGAGGCCUGUGGCGGGGCGCAAGGCUCCCAGAACUUGAAGCUCUUCUCAACAAACUUCCCACGAGGUUGGAAGAAUUGUUCAAACAGAUGCUUGAGAAUAUUUCCAGCGAGGAUUUCAGUGAAGCUUGCAGGAUGUUCAAGUUCGUCCAUGCGUCUAUCAGCCCGAUAACUCUUUUGGAUCUUUCACUUGCUAGCGAUGGCCCAACAGUCGCUCUCGAAAGUGGAGUGCAGGAAAUUGGAGCCAAGGAGAGACAGUAUCUUCGUGAUACCAUGUCAAGUCGCAUUGUGGCCAAAUGCUCUGGCCUUCUCGAGAUUAAAAGGCGACGAGCACCACAAAGUGCUUACAUGGCAAACAAAAUGGCCCUUCCGCAGGUCCUCUAUGAGGAAACCAUCCAUUUCACUCACCAGACGGUCAAAGAAUUUCUUGAAACGCCAAGCAUAUGGAAAUUGAUAGAGUAUCAUGCUGGGAAAGGAGGGUUUGAUGUUUAUGUGUCCUUGUUGAGUUCCUGUCUACGGCAACUCAAAUGCAUCGUCCAUCCUGAGGAUGUCCCCAAUCUUACCAUACGCAACGCGCUGGGCUAUGCUUUUCUGGCGGAGCAAAGCACCGGACAGUCACAGUCUGAACUUCUGGAUGAACUUGAUAUUAACGCUCAACGCAUAUACAAAGCAAUACUUGAGAUGAUAAGAAACCAGAAUGCUUUGAGACCAGGUUCCAGGACUCCAAGCAUGAAAACGUCAUCUCUCGGAUCAGCCAAGAUUGGGCAUUGGAGUCGAUACUCUCGCUCCAUGAUGACUGAAAUUAGAAUGGAAAAAGGAACUCAAACCGUGCUUGAAGGGACGCCGCAUUAUUGCAGGGAUGAUUUUCUAUCCAUUGCUGUGGCCUACAACCUUGAAAAGUAUGUUCUCCAGGUCUUCCAGCAAAGGGGAGCGCAAUACUCAAAGAAAGGGCGUCCACUGCUUUUCUAUGUGAAAUGGAAAGGCGGUCCAUUUACAAACCGUCGGAUGGAUUAUCAGAAGCAAUUUCGCCUCGCUACACCAAGAAUGGUUGCAUUGCUUUUGAAAGGCUACGAUGACCCAAAUCUAACCUUUUGCGAUAGCAUCCGACUCAGUCCAGGUGAGAAGGGCAAACUGCAGAGCCCGUGGCAAAUCGCAGUCCGUAUGGAAACAGAAUUGGAAGUCCUUCACAUUCUCCUGACGCACAAGGCAAAUCCUAAUGCCAUGGUGGUGGUACCAACUGGUGUGACCAAAUGGGGAGCUGAGAACAGCCCGAGCUAUGAGAUUGUCUAUGAAGAGUGGUCUACUCUACGGGUUGUUGUACAAUCCUAUCCCGGCGCGAACAAGUACGCCAUCGAAGAUCUCCACAAGUUCCAAGAAACUCUUCUCAAGCGCGGGGGAAGAGUCUUGACAGAAGAAAUCGAAAAGGACCCCGUUUUAUUUUCACUAGGUCCACGGCAUCUCCAGUACGCGAGGAGGACAACAGAAGCAUUGAACCAGGUGAGGAAGAAGAUGGAGGGUGUUGAACCAUUAAGACAGGGUCUCCUGGCGCUGGAUUAUUUUCGAGAAGGCCUACAGACGUACAUCUACUACCGAGCUCGAAUUUAUAAAUCAGUCGGUUGA